AUGACCCAUGAGGCUUCAGGGCAUUCGUGGCCCUUCGGGCGUCCCCUCGGGGGCACUGCCCACACCCUGCCCAGUCCCGCCUCGGGGGCGAUGCCCGCACCCCCACCACCCAUGUGGUGCAAACAGGCGACAGGGGAUUACGUGGCUUACAGAGGGAUUUCUGCCACUCGCUGCCACGCGGACGAACGCGAAGGAUGCCACGGGCAGCGUCAGAGGACUUCCCGGGAGAGAGCACGUCUUCCAUCUCUGCCUGGGGUCUACCAGGCCCUGGGAGCGGGAACGCCACCCUUCGAGCUCCUGAGAAAGCCGAAACCAGAGUCGGUCCCCAAACACUGUCUGCGGCGGUGCAGACGGACGCGGGCCACAAGCAGCAGUUCCCAGAAGCAGGUGCUCAGACAGCGUCCACCGUUGCCAGGAACUGCGGAGAACGCGUUUUUAUUAUACACGUGGAAGGCUGCACGAAGCCCUAAACAUCUGGAGACGGCCGUCCACAUGCCAUUUAAAAUCGUCUGUGUCCCCAACAGGGAGGCUCCCCGAUCCUCAGAUGAGGGCAGGCGUCCGGGCGCGGAUGGCCCCGAUGCCCAGAGCAGGAGUGGCGAGUCGGAGCUCGCCUGGGUCAGCUUGGUGGGCCCCGUGGCGUCACGGAACGUAUCCAAACCAGGGUUUCUCGCCUGGGCACUGCUGGUAUUUGGGGCGACUCUGUGCGAGGGCCCCGUCCUGUGCAUGUAGGGUGUCGGCUGCAUCCCUGGCCUCCCCCUGCCCUGGAUGCGAGUGGUGCCCCACCCCGGGGACACCCCAGGAGGUCUCCGGACGCUGCCAAACAUCCCUGGGGUGCAAGACUCCCGGCUGAGGCCACCUGCUAGGUGCCCCGUGUGACCCCCGAGGGCUCCUUGAGGGCUCCCCGCAGUGACGCCUCUGCUCCGAGCUCUCAAGCAGUGAGACUGUUUGCAAAAUCCUGUCUUCCUGUUAGUAAGUUCAGGGUUGAGAGGGGCUGGCGGCCUUCACCGUGGUAGGUGCAGGUGCAGGUGCAGAACAGGCAGGGGCCAGGACCGAGGGGAACCCGAAAGGUCAGGAUGCUGGACCCCGCAGGGCAGGUGCUGUGGCUUCACCGACCUCAGAGGAUCUCUAGUUUCUGUAAAAGCCGGAGGGUGGGUGUCAGGGCCACACUGCUAUCCUGGGUGUUUGGUUCAGGGGGGACAGGAGACCAAGGGAGAACAGGAAACCGGGGGUGGACAGGAGACCGGGGGGGACAGGAGA